AUGCUCAAACUAAUUUUGCUGACAACAGUUUUCAUGGGCUCCGUAACAGCUCAAUCUGGUAAUAUGACUUGGGACGACAAAACGAAUUAUUGUAAAUUGACCUCGAACGAUAUAAAUACAUGUGAGUCAUGUAUUGGAAAAGGAUCGGUGAGUGAUACAUAAGUACCGUAAUUAUGAAAACUAAUAUUGAUUUUUUGCAGAAUUGUUUUUGGUGUGGUGGAAGUACAAAACAAUGUAUGCCAUUUGAUUGGUAUUAUCCAGGAUGUAAUAUAAAACAUGUGAAAUAUAAUGUUUGUUGGGGUAUGUAACAACAUUUUCUAUGUAUGUAAUUAAUUUGUUUUCAAAUUAAUAAUUUUUAGUUAGUACAUCUGCUGCUGCAAUAAUUAUUGCAAUUUGUGCUGGAAUUAUUGUUGUUCUUCUCAUUUCAUGCGUUUGUUAUUGUUGUUGUAAAUGGAGAAACUAUAACCGGAUUCACAAAUUGGCAAAAGCCGAAAAAUGGGCGAAAAAACAAGAGACGAAAAAAAGCGAAUUGGAGAAAAAACAUAGCGAGAGAAGUGAUGCCAGAAAAGCUGAAAUGGAUGUUUAUAGACAGAAAUAUGGACUUGAGAAAUCAGAUGGAUUUGGAACAACUUCAACUUCUACAUCAAGCAAUUAUAAAGUUUAA